CAGUAUGCAUACACUAUGAUGUUUGCCAUAGAGGAGAUCAACAACAGCUCAGAGCUGUUACCUGGAAUUACACUGGGCUACAGGAUCUUUGACUCAUGUCCCAGUAUCCCUCUGUCCAUCAGGGCAUCACUAAACCUGAUGAAUAGGUAUGACAGUGGGGAAGACAGCUGUAACAAACACUCUAGUGUACAUGCUGUCAUAGGGGAAACUACAUCCACCUCUACAAUAAGUAUUGCUCACACCAUGGGACCUUUCCAUAUACCUGUGAUCAGUCAUUCAGCUACUUGUGCAUGUCUUAGCAACAGAAGAGACUAUCCUUCUUUCUUCAGAACCAUACCAAAUGACCUUUACCAGAGCAAAGCAUUGGCAAAGCUGGUAAAACACUUUGGCUGGACCUGGGUGGGGGCUAUUAGAACUAACACUGACUAUGGGAAUAGUGGCAUGGCCACUUUCCUGGAAGCAGCUGAAAAAGAAGGUGUGUGUGUUGAGUACUCAGUGGCUAUUUAUAGGACUGACUCAAGGAAGUGGUUCUUAGAGGUGAUAGCCAUUAUAAAGAAAUCCACCUCUAAGGUAAUAGUGGCGUUUGCUGAUGGUACAGACCUUGACAUUCUUAUCAAAGAGCUUCAUGCUCAGAAUAUAACAGGCCUGCAGUGGGUGGGGAGUGAGGGCUGGAUUACUUACCGUUAUAUUGCCUCUCCAGUAAACUAUGCUGUGGUCCAGGGGGCAGUGGGCUUUGCAGCACUCAAUGCUCACAUCCCUGGACUACAGCAGUUUCUGACUAGCAGCAGGCCCUCCACUACACCAGGGGACCGGGGACUGAUUGAGUUGUGGGAAACGGUGUUCAACUGUACCCUGACUCCCCAUGAAGAAAUCCAAGCUCAGGGUUCAGUCCCAGCAUGCACAGGGAACGAGUCUCUGUGGGACGCAAACACACGCUUCACAGAUGUUUCAGAUGCCAGUCUGCUGAAUAAUGUUUACAAGGCCACGUACACUGUAGGUCAUGCACUGGACAUGUUGUUUUCAUGCAAAGAUGGACAGGGACCUUUUGAGAACAACACUUGUGCUGACAGGGAAAAUGUGCAACCAUGGCAGGUGCUGCAUUAUCUGAACCAGGUCAAUUUUACCACUAAAAGUGGUGAAAAUGUGUUCUUUAAUAAGCUGGGUGACCUUGUGGCACGCUAUGCACUGGUAAACUGGCAAAUGGAUGAGACAGGUUAUAUAAUCUUUGAGACCAUUGGUUACUAUGAUGCAUCUCGGCCUGAGGGUCAGCAGUUUGAGAUGAAAGAAGGUGUGAAAGCCAUUUGGGCAGGCAAGAAUCUUGAGGUGCCAAGGUCGGUUUGCAGUGAGAGCUGUUUACCAGGGUCCCAUCAGGCUUUUGUGAAAGGCAAGCCUGUCUGCUGUUUUGAUUGCAUCACCUGUGCUGAUGGGGAGUUCAGCAACAGUACAAAUGCAGUGAAAUGUGACAAAUGCCCUUCUGAUUACAUGUCCAAUGAGGAAAGGCAUAACUGUGACUUGAAAGCCAUUGAAUACCUUACCUUCGGGGAACUGAUGGGAAUACUGGUGGUCACCUUUUCUGUCAUUGGUGCCUGCCUGGCACUGACAAUAGCCCUGAUAUUUUUUCACUACAGAAAAACUCCUAUUGUCAGGGCCAACAACUCUGAGCUGAGCUUCCUGCUGCUCUUCUCCUUGACUCUGUGUUUCCUGUGUUCUCUGACCUUCAUCGGCCGGCCCUCUGAGUGGUCCUGCAUGCUGCGACACACAGCAUUCGGCAUCACCUUUGUCCUCUGUAUCUCUUGUGUUCUGGGGAAAACUAUAGUGGUGUUAAUGGCCUUCAGGGCUACACUUCCAGGCAGUAAUGUGAUGAAAUGGUUUGGGCCUGCACAGCAGAGACUCAGUGUUGUGGCUUUCACUCUCAUCCAGGUUGUUAUAUGUAUCCUCUGGUUAACUAUUUCUCCUCCUUUUCCAUUUAAGAAUUUUACCCAGUUCAAGGACAAAAUCAUCUUAGAGUGUGCUCUGGGAUCAGCUGUAGGCUUUUGGGCUGUACUUGGGUACAUAGGCCUUCUGGCCAUCUUAUGUUUUAUUCUGGCUUUUCUGGCUCGGAAACUGCCUGAUAACUUCAAUGAGGCCAAACUGAUCACCUUCAGCAUGCUGAUAUUCUGUGCAGUCUGGAUCACUUUUAUUCCAGCAUAUGUCAGCUCUCCUGGGAAGUUUAGUGUUGCUGUAGAGAUAUUUGCUAUUCUGGCUUCCAGUUAUGGACUGCUGUUUUGUAUUUUUUUGCCCAAGACAUGCAUAAUUUUAUUAAAACCAGAGAACAAUACAAAGAAACAUUUAAUGUGCAAAAUGACCCUUAGAGCCCUCUGA